GGGAAGUGACAGCGAGUUUCAUUUCGCCUGCAGCUACGAACGCGGAGUGGCGAGUUGAGUUCCCGCUCUUCGCGGCUCAACUCCUCCGGGUGACGAUGAUCUGAGCCGGUCCUGGGCCUGCCCCAAGGUCGACUCAGCCUCAAAUGAGCACCUGCCGCGAAUCCCUGUCCUCCAUUUGUGAAGGAAUCGCCCCGACUUCUCCACUCGGAAAAACAAAAGCAACAACAAUAUUCAUACUAAUAUUAUUGUUAGUAACGGUGGUCGUUGACAGCGCGGAGGUUGGGAAUGGCUCAGAGUCCGGAGCUCAGCGCCACGGAAGAACACAACGAGAAUUUAUGGUCGUCACCCCAGAGAAAAUGAACGCUGUAGCAAACAGCACGAUUUUCCUGCCCUGCUACUACACCUGUACAAUCAGCGGCGUUACCCACACGCUGGCGGAGUGGUUGAGGAUCAUAGAUGGACGUGAAGAGAGGCUUUAUCAAUACCCCAAUGGAGAUAGACAAUGGCCUUUACACGCCACCUGGAUGGGUGAUGUGUCCAAGUGUGACGCCUCCAUCACCGUCAGUGACAUCAAGACCCACGACUCUGGGCGAUAUCGCUGUGAGGUCACGGUGUUUCCACAAAACAAGCACGACAUUGGGUAUCUACAGCUGAAUGUCAAGAGUCCAUCAGAACUCGUGGUUGUGACCCCAGAUAAAAUGGACGCCAUGGCAGGCAGUACAUUUCUGCUGCCCUGUGCCUACACCUGUACAAUCAGCGGCGCUACCACCAAGCUGGUCGAGUGGUACAGGAUCAUCGACGGGCGAGAAGAGAGGAUUUAUAAAUACGCCGAUGGAGAGAGCAGCUACUGGUCUUUACAGGCCACCUGGGUGGGUGAUGUGUCCAAGUGCGAGGCCUCCAUCACCCUCAGCGACAUCCAGACCCACGACUCUGGGCAAUUUCGCUGUGAGGUCACGGUUUUUUCCCAAACUGUGCAAUACCACAUUGGUUAUCUACAGCUGACUGUCCACCCACGAACAGACCUGGCCGUUGUCACGACGGAUGCAAAGGACGCCACAGUAGGCAGCACGGCUCUCCUGCCCUGCUCUUACACCUGCAACAUCACGGACAUUAGACACACGCUGGUUGAGUGGUUCAGGACCAUAGGCGGACACGAUGAGAAGGUGUAUAAGAUUACACACAGAAAGAGAAGCCUCGGGCCGAUGCAGGUGACUUGGGUGGGAGAUAAGUCGACAUGUAACGCCUCGAUCACCAUCAGCAACAUCCAGACCCACGACGCUGGACGAUAUCGCUGUGAGGUCACGAUGUAUCGAUACGACAAGCCAAGCAUGGAAGACAUCGGGUAUCUGCAGCUGAACGUUCACAAUAAACCAGAACUGACAGACGCAACACCCACACCAACCGCAAACCCAACCUCAGCCCCAGCUCCAUCACCUGUAAUUGGCAUCGUCCUUGGAGUCAUUGCUGCUCUUCUGGUUGCUGCUGUAGUUGGUUUUUACUGCUGGAAAAAGAGACAAAGUCAGCUAAGAGAAGCAGAAGCCCCGCUUCAAGAAAUGCAGCCAAUGGACCCAGUUGGAUAAGACGAGGUCAAGUUGCACCGGCAGAGCAAGGAGAUGAGCCAAACGAUGAAGAAGGAGAAUGUGAGACCUCAACUUAGAGAACCCAGAAGUUCAGCCAACCAGUCCCAAGCCACCUUAACUUAUACAGCAAGUUGUACUAAUCAACUCAUCACCGCUAGAAACUAACCCUCAUAGAGCCAAUGAUCAAGACGCCGGCAACGCAGCGAUGUGAAGUUGAACCGCAAUGCCUCGUGAGGUUAACGCAAAGCUACCAAAGUUCUGGUUUGGUCUGGACCGUCUGAAAAUGUUGAUGUAGAACGCGAGACCUCAACUGUGUGGGCGUGGCUAUAGAAAUGUGGGCGUUGCUGGUGGUGGAGAGAGGGGCAACCAGCUGACCACGUGUCACGGUUGAGCCUCCCAGACACGUGGUAGCUUUACGUCCAUUUUGCAAGGUGCAUUGUCAUGCUGCCCCACAAAUGAAUGGCAUAGAGACCCCGUAACAAUUUACACAGAGACCCAUAGAUUCACAAAUAGACCCAUUUAUCCACAUGGACGCCAUAGAUUCACACAGAUACCCACAGAUUCACAAAGAGACCCAUAUAUUCACAUAUAGAUCAUAUAUUCACAUAGAGACCCAAAGGCGCGCAUAAAGACCCACUAAUGGACACAGGGACACAUAAAUUCACACAGAGACCCAACCAUUCACACAGAAUGUCAAUGGCUAAUAUAGUGACCCAUUCAUGAAAAUAUAGACCAGUACACUUUAUAGAACCUCAGACUUAGACACAUGGUUGUGAUUAAACUGGGCUCUCAAAUGCAGUGAGUUUGAUGGUCUCAGCCCGGUCACCAAUGGACUGCACAAAACAAAACCCAUCGCGUAAAUUUGUCCCAUCAUACCUCUUUGUCCGAUAAUUAAAACGUCUGCUUGGCUGCCGUGCGACGUCUCAAGGUAAAUCGUGCGAGGCAUUGCGGGCCCAGAUGUGCGGAGGUAUUGAGGGAACGAAGGAUUCUUGUGACAAGUCGGGUCCAGUCCCAUUCACAGCCGUUUGUUUCACACAUCGGGGUCGCACCGCUCUGCAACAUUUACAAGUGGAUUCCUUGUGCCGUGAUAUGACGAUGAAAGGUGAAUUAUAUUCUGUGAAAAAAAUAUAUUUUUAUAUUCGAGUACGGCAAACUCUUCCCUCUCGUGGGUUUAGCUAUCGCGGAUGUGCAGUUUUGUCCCAAGUUUUGAGGUACGGAGUUGGCCGAUCGUGCCCCUGUGACUGGACCAUUCGCGGUUGAUCACGAGAUGUAUGUACGCGUUGUAACUGCACUGCUCGCGAUGAUGCUGCCGCGGAAGAACACACGGGGUGCCGUCUUACCUCCGUCUUAUCUCCAUCUUAUCUCUAUCUUGUCUCCCGUCUCGUCUCUCAAGCGGCCCAUUGGGGGUCCCAGGUCACGUGGUGUUUCCAGCCUCGAGUGAGGAGGCAGUGAGGUUCAGCCGCCCGCCAUUUUUCUUUCUAUCGUACGUUAGGAACCGUGAACCAAACCCCAUUAUCACCAUUUACCCACAUGUUUCCGUAGAUGUUUUUCAGCAAAACCCGACAACGUAGAUUCCAAAGCCACAACAACGAUGCUGAGUUGUUUUUGGGUUAACGGCAAGAAUUUUGACCCCAGAAACAAGCACGGGUCAUUGUGAUGGCUACAAUUACGACUUACCCCUAUUGGUAGGAAAUACAGGCAUACCACUUAUAGCAACUAUUUACCAAGAACGCAUCUUGAGCGCUAUACGAGGUAUGCCUGUGUAGGGGAUGUCCGAGCCAUCCUCACACCGCACGGACACACAAUCUCCGCACUCAACAUAGCACACACCAAUCACGCGCACGUGAAUACACUAGACGGGGGUCAAGGGAUUAAAGGGCACUGACGUCACACGCACACGGCGCGCGAAACAGAGGUGUGGAUUAGGAAGCAGGGUGGAGAUGGAGGGUUUAAAAGGGGCUGUGAUAUGCGUGUUCGUGGUUGGUUUUGAGGAACGAGUGUGGCUCUUGUUUGAAGAAUAAAAAAGUGCUUAACCAGU